AUAACUGCAUCGGUUGUCGAUAAAUGUUGCAAGCAAUUCGCGUUUGCAAGCGCCGACUUUUUGGUGUCGCAAAAAAACUUAUUUCCGGAGAAACUUGCGCUUGUAAUUAAGAUUUCUAUGGUUGCAACUGGUUCCCAAAUUAUCUCCGAGUGAUUUUAUGCUAAACAAGAGUACAAAUAUAGCUGUGGGUCCAGCGGAUUGGCCACCGGUUUCUCCGUUUCGAGAAUUCUCGACGGCUUGUGUGGGGGAAAAGCGCGGUUUAGCCAAGAUUGGAACGCUGGAAGGUGUCUAAGAGAUGGAGGAGAAGCCAGUUGCCAUCGGCAAUGAUGGCCAGGUCAUUGUUUCUGACCAAAUCGGACACAAGAGGAAAGGUGUGGUUGGCGUUAAAGCCGCAAAUCCGAUUAGCAGAAACACCAAUCCGGGAUCAGGGGAAGCCGGCGUCCUGCUAAGCUCCGAGGCAGAGAGGCGGUUGAUCGCUUUGGUACGCCGCCAGCCGAUAUUGUAUGAUGCCCGGCAUCCCAGAUUCCACGACGUCGCUCACAGGGAUGAACAAUGGCAGAAAAUCGCCCGCCGCCUGGGAACGGAUCUAACUAACUGCCUGGUGGCCUGGUCGGAGCUGCGCUACAGAUUCCAGCGCCAUGUGCGACGUCUAAGGGCCUUCCAACGCAGUGCCACCCAAAGCCAUCAGACGGUCCAGCGUCGGCGUCCUUGCAUGCGACACGAGGAGGAGCUGCUCUUUCUGUAUUCCCAUGUGGCCAGGUUCCCACUGAUUGUGGAGAAGAGCCAGCCGCCAGAGAUCGUGGAAACGGCAAAGGUAGUUGAGAGUAAGACCCUGCCCGAUGUGGAGUUUGUGGAACCUCCGGCUGUGGACAUCAUAGACUUGGAUCUCGAAGAGGACGCCACAUAUCACUACCGUUGCACUAGGGAACAGCGUCGCCUCAUUGAGGCAGUCCAGGCGUAUCCCAUUCUGUACAAUGCCAUGUGCAUGGGCUAUCAGAACAGACGACAUCGCGGCCUAGUCUGGGGUGCCAUUUCCAACGAACUCCAUGACAAAGCCACCAAGCUGAUGAAGAGCUGGCUGACGCUGCUAACUCGCUACGAAUGGGAGCUGACCCACCGCCCUUCUCAGGUCGGCACUUCGGAGCUGUGCCAACGGAUGGGCUUCAUGCAACCGCACGUACAGCUCCAGCGCAACACGGUAUGCAAGGCUUCCAAGUACCUGCAAAACGGAUGGCACGAGCCCAUCGAGCACUUUCGCAGCGUGAUGGCGCUGAUCAAUACGAUGCGCAACAUGCCGGAACUAGUGCAGCUGACGGACGAAUCUCUCAACCACGAGGUGAAGCCGCCGCGCUACGACGAGUUUUGGCAGAAGGUCGGUAUGGAAGUAAUGGCCAGCCACGAGCGCUGCGAGGUCACCUGGCUGGUACUGCGCUCCUUCCACCACGAAUUGCAGGCCAUGCGCUUAGCCGGCUAUCAACUGCAGGACAAGUGGUAUUUUGAGAACGCCCUAAGCAGUAUCUUCAAGCAAGUUGUCUCUCGUUCCGCGCCCCGUCAAGCCCUGAAACGCAAAGCAAACGGCUCAAUACCACUGGUGGGGGAGACACCGUCCAAGACACAGGUUCCGGCACGUCUGCCACUGGCUAUUGUCUACCCGCCCACCUCAAAAGGCAGCAGCACGAGCACUGCCACAAGCACUGGCCCCACCUUCAAGAAAGUCAAGAGCUCCUCUGGCCCAGGCAUCAACAACGCGUCCACCGCCGCCGCAACCAAGAGCGUCAGUUCAAGCGUGUCGCCCGAUCAAGCUGUUCCCGCGUUUGUCAUUCCCAAGAUCACGUCCGCCAUCAGUGUGAGCUCGGUCAAUACGAUACCACUGAAGCUGCCGCCGACAUUACGAAUUGCACCCAAGACGACGGGGACUAUGGGUACGGGCGUGUCCCCCAUCGCCGCUACCAAUCAGCUGGCGGGCUCAAAUGCAAAACCGGCUGAAGUGCGUCCGCAGAUCCCACAGCGUCCUGGCUUGCAGGUUACUAUCCAUACGAAGCCUCAAAUCACCAAACCCCCGCAAAUGGCACCGUCAGUUCCCCGCUCUAUAAUUCGAACGAUUAAUCCUAUAAAUCCAGCUCAGCCUCAACGGAGGUCCUCCGGAGGGCCAAUCUCAGCACUGGGAGCACUGCUCAGCGGAACGCUUGGACCGCAAAAUCCACUGCCUAUAAAUACACCAGCUCCGCAACGUAAACUGCCCACUUUGGUGCCAAUAAUACCAUCGAAUAUUACAGCUAACAGCAGUCAGCCAACAGCCACUGCAGCUCCUCCUAUGGUUCGAAUACACCAGCCGGGACUGAAAAGCGGUUGGGAAGGCAGGAGCAAUAGUUCUCCGGCCAGCAAGUCAAUGGGAUCACUAGCAGCCACAUCUUCGCCACCAGCAGCUCCUAUCGCACCAGCUGAGGAACCAGCGAGAGCUAAAACAUCAGUGAUAAAGUCCAAAGUGAAUGCGGUGCCAGCAACAACUGCAGAUUACAACAAAAAAUAUCGUCCAAUCGUACCGGCAGCCCCUACAGCAAAGGCGACAACCAAAUCUGCAACACAGCCAGCAAUUGAGCUAUCUGUACCUUCUCCACCAAUCCGCACUGGACACACAGUGCGAGCCAUACAAAAGACACCAUUAUUUCCUAAAUCUACAGCACAUGCUGCAUCUGCCACAUCGGCAACACAGGGCAGCCAGGCAACACAGGCCAGCCAGGCUAAAGUAGACAUUUCAGCACCAGUGGCCCCACCAGUCAAAUUGCCGACAAUAGCUGCGGCAACAACAGCAUCGCAGGCGGAUAAGGAAGCAUUACCGGAGCCAUUACCGGUCGGCGACAUAACCGUGCGACUGCUGGAGAAUGUCGCCACUGGGAACAUACUGCAAAUUUGUUGCGGCAACCAGGCUACUCGGUUCAAUCUCAAUAUGGUUAGGACGGCGACGCUGAUCCGCGAGGUGAUGGCUGUGCCGCAGCUGCACAAGGAAGAUCCACUAUUGGCGGCCAAGUGUGAUGAGUUCUGGAAGGUCAUCGCCAAGAAGUUUCACUUGCCAGAGGAAGCUUUGCGCGCAUGCUGGAAAUUCUUGGCGGACAACAUGAGUGUAUUCCCGAUGAUUGCGCCGAUGUCGGACCUAAUGCGUCCGUUCAAGGCCAGCGUAAAGGUGUGGGAAAAAUCGCAUCGCCUGUUUAGCAAAUUUGACGAGAUAGCACGAAAAUACCAGUGGUUGAAUCACAAGGACCUGUUGCCGGAAGUAAUACGGCACUUCGGGAAGUACGAGCACCUCUACUGGGAGAUGCGCAAGCCGCGACCUGGCGAAGAGACCCAAGCUCCACCCCAGUUGACGGAUCUGGAGAAACAGGACGUGUGGCGGGAGGCGCGCAUUAAAUACCCAAAUCUCAAUCAUCGGGAUAUUUGGUCAAUGUUUAUGUUCGCCUUCCGCACGUACAUGGAGGAUCUAGAGCGCGGCGUAGAGAAUCCUUGGCCACAAAACUGGUGGCAAGCACUGGAGCAGCUAAGGUUUCUGGCCAAUGUGCGCUACCAUCCGCUCGAGCCCUACUACUACAUCGUGCACAACAAGAUCUCAGAGGAGGUGAAACGCUGUAGCAUGUACGAGGCUCUAAUGUCCGCCGAUCCUACCGAUAAGCUAAAACCCACACCGGCAAGCCUUCUAACGCGCCUUUCCAAAGUGCCCAUGCCAUGGGAGACGGAGGAGGCCAAGCGCUUGCUAACCGGCAAGUUGAAUGGCUUGCGAACCGCAAGUACUGCUCCAACUGUCGCACGCGCUGCUCAACCUACUUCUGUACCUGAUGGCGCUUCCGUGUCCACAAAGACACCCGAGAGCAAGCCAGCGCCAAACGCCACCGUAAAAUCUCAUAAAGCCACGAACAGCUCGUCCGCCCAAAAACGGCUGCCUCUAACGAAAAGUGCCACCUGCAAUCUACCCCCCAUUGAGGCUUUUGAGCUAACCAAGGUCCUGCGCCGCCAACCACACACCUUCGAGCGGGCGAGCACCAUUGACAAGCGAACCGCCUGGGUUCGUGUAUCAAAGGAGUUGAAUGCCACAGUUACCGAAUGCCGUUUAGGACUGCAGUACGCUCUGCGCGAGAUGCGCAAUCUGAAGAUCGUCGAUCCAAUGAAUCAAUGUACCAUGGGUCACAAGUACUUCCAUCACAUGUCGGAGAUCUAUAAGCAGGUGAAGCCGAACGGCCAGCUCAUAGUCCGCACGCCACAGCAGCUCAAUCAGCUAAACCAAUCAAUUUCUGAGGUAACGCAGGAAGUUAAACCAAGUGGAUUCCUGCCUGAGAUCAAUUUGACCACCUGCAGCCCGGACCUCGUUGUGAAAAACUGGGCCUACGCCGUCGGUAACUUGUCCGCGGCCAGUCAGGAUACACUGCUCGCCAAGCUGACGCAGCUGUUCUCUAAAUAUGCCAAGAACGUCGAUUCGACACAGCCUUAGCUCUCCAAUCUUUUGGCACUCCUAGCUUAGUCAUAGCCAUCUUUGUAAGAACUUUCGCCGUUCCAUUGACACUCAUUGCGCGCACGUCAUUAUCUUUAGAAUACAUCUUAUUUAUAACAUUGUAAGUAACUUUUUUUUUAGACCCAUUUAGAAUAACUUUUGAAUAAAUGGGAUCAACAAGUCAGCUUCCAUUUGAUGUUUUGCGCUGGGACAAGUUUAACUUGCAUCAAAUUUAAGAGUUCUUCUUGAUUACCAUAGAUAAAACCAAACCCAAACUUGCGCAAUAAUAAAUAGUACUUAAUGUUGUCGGACUUUUACCCCAAAGUCAUAGGAUGAUAGUGAUGAGGGCCAGGCUCUUUGAUUAUCUAGACAUUUGUCGGUCAGCAUGGGCAUGGGCGCCGCCCAUUUGUAUCUCCGAAGACAUGAAAGUAAGCCCGAAUAAAUUGGGGCGUGCAAUUGCCAAAAGAUUUGAUUGCCAUUUUCCUGGAGGAGGAGGGUGAUAAUAAGGCGCACGUAAAACGCAAGGGGAUGAUUGUCCAGGAUAGAGCAAUGGGUAGUGUUUGGCAAUAUACUAUUCGAAUGAUUUAAAUAAAACGCAGUUUCACAUUCCUUUGCAAA